AGGAUAACUAGCUGUUUUUCUUUUGAUUUUGCACUAAUCGUUGUCGAAAUUUGUGUGACACCUUUUCUCUUCUUCUAUGAAAAAUUGUUGUUGGUCAUAUUUGCUUACGGAGCUGAAGCAUAACUGAUUGAUGUAAUUAUUGUUUUACCACUGUUGAGACCAACUGGAUAUAUGUAUAGUACAAGGGGAGGUAGAAGAAGUGUUUAUUUGGGUUUUGUUCAUUUCAAUGUUUCAAACGAGUAGUUCAUCAAGUGCUAGAUUGUAUGUGUUGUUGACAGGUUUUGGUUUUAGUUUUAAGUAAAUUCGUGUUUUAAAGUAGCUCUCAAAUAGUGCCGGAUUCGGUUAAAGGCGCAACUCUGGGAGAGAACCUAUUGAUGAAGAUAUAUCGAUUGGUUGCGAACUAAGACCGCUGAUGUUCAGUGCUUCUCCUCAAAUUUAGACUGAUGUUCACGACAGAUCUAUUAAAUAUGCGCUCUUAUAUAAAUAUGCGAUGUAAGUGCUAAUUGUAAGUAGCAAUCGUAUUUUUAGCGCGCGCGAGUGUCGGGUGUCAGGAUGCUAUCGAUCUCCUAUAGGAGAGGAUGCUGGGAUUGCUGGGGCCUAGCCACGUGUCUAUGUCCCUCUGUUCUUGUAGAAUCCUUCAGUUGUCCCUUAUUUUCUACCACUAUUGAUUUGUAAUGGGAUAACGAAGCUGCCCCCAUGUUGAAGAUUCCCGCACGUUUUAAACAAUGUGACCUCAGUGUUUCCCUUGCGUUUGAUUAUUGUGACUGCAUUGUCAACAUGGGUACUCGUGCUGCUGCAUUUACAGCCAAAAUACGCAGCUUAUAUGACUACCAACUGCGUCUCAUGCAGGGCGUUAUGCCUCCUCCUUCGGGGGUUGACAUAGCAAACACCAUCAAAUAUUUCUCACAAACGCUCCUAACCGUUCUCAAAGAUGUACCCAACUCGCCUUUCGAUCUCUUGAAGAAUCCAGAUAUGGAUUCGAUCCGCAUGGGACUUUUCCCGAGCUUAGACUACAAAGGACUCUACAAUUCACUCAUUCCUUUAAUCGAAGUUGCACCACUCAUCCAAUACGGAAUUCACUCCUUCGGACAAGCUACUCUCCAAUGCCUCGGAUGUCUCUUGCCUUUCUUAGAACAUGAUUUGAUCGAUAAUUUGCCUUACUUGACAGCAUCGUCGAUAGCAGUCCUACCCAGCAGUCUCCAUCAAGACAUCGUCAACUCCUUGUGUUUCUACAUUCUUCCUUUCACUAUACCUCGACACAACGACAAGGACCAAGAGAUCUGUCAGUCCGUGUCCGCAGUCAUCAUGAUGGUGUUUCAAUACUCGGGAAACCCUGCCCACCACUGUCAACUCCUCGAAUGCCUGAUGACCCUCAAGCAGAACAUUUUGAAGGAUAUUUUGAGUGUGAUAGCUUACGGAACAUCAACAGCACGAUCCUCCGCAGCCAGACUUCUGUUUUAUUAUUGGCCUACGUUUAAUGCUAAUUUAUUCGAUCGCAAGAACCUUAUUUGUAAAUUCGCAGAUCCAACGCCUUUCGUUUGCCAGAGAGACAUGUGCCCGAACGCAGGAAACGCUGAAGCCGCCAAAGUUUGUUACGACCAUUGCAUCUCCAUCACCUUCGCCAACGACACCCCACCCCCUCUUUAUUUGUGCAUCGAAUGUGCAAACGAAAUCCAUCGAGAACACCCCAACCAGAUGUUUUUCGAUAUUCUGCAUCCUAUGCAACAGGUGUCUAUGAUUUGUGAGAACAAAAAUUGUCGGUCGACGGACAAAUCCGCCAUUUCGAUAUGUUUUUCGACUGAAUGUGCUAGUUACAAUGGUAAUCAUCCGAUUAGAUACUGCGAGCAGUGCCACAAUAAUCGCCAUAAUAACAGAAGAGGAGGCGACCACGUUGUUCACAGGAGCUUACCACCCACGUGGAGUAUGGAUGCAGAGAUGCAAACGUACAUGGUGGAGGCGAUUGUGAGUUUGUUAAAAGAGGCAAAAAUCCCGACGGUAGAAACAAAGGAAAACGUGGAGGGUAAAGCUCCGAUACCGGCUGUUGAUAACAUAACGGUAGAGGAAAGACAGCUUUUAGGUAGAUAUGGUGUUUGGUUGUUGGUGGGGAGAUGUACCCCAACAGACAAUACACCUACAGAAGUAUUAGGGCGGCUUUUAGCAAUGCUUUUCCAUUGGUUUCAUAUGACUGCAUAUUCAUAUGAUGGUAAAAUGAGUGUCGUUCAAAAUCUAUGUAACUACUAUCUUGCAUUUUGUACAGGCCAGGAAGAAAGUACCUUAGAGAAAUUAAAGACUGAAAAUGUAUGUGGUUGGCUGAGAGAUAUCAGCAAAACCCACUAUAAACUUUUUAUUUCGUGUCUUUUACCCCAUCCUCCUGAGUACGCCCGGAUUGGAGGGCACUGGGAUACUUUAGCCUCACGAACGUCACAUCUUAAAGAUGGUCUCAAUCGCCUAUUUUGCCUAGUACCCUACGAAGUAAUAACGCAAGAAAUAUGGGAUUAUGUAAUGCCGCACUGGAUGGAAGCCAUCGUUAACGACGUCCCCGAAAAAGAACUCACAGAACUCCGAAUCAUCCUCAGCAAAAUCCUCGACACUGACAUGAGCCCUUUGGGUUUCGACGCGAAAAAGAUGUACCAGUUCGUCGCGGGAAGAUUCCAGAAGACCAGCGCCAAAGUCCAAGAGCAAGCCUUGCACUGGUUACAAACCCUAACCAUGCUAGAAAUCAUCAUUCCUCUACAUCUUCUCUUCGCGAUCUUCGGCGACGGCGUCACGUACAUGAAAGGAGGAACGGACGAAAACGCCGAAAAAGCCAUCCAAUAUCACGAACAUCUCGAAGUAAAUGAGGGACCAAAACGUGGCUCAAUUUCACCUGUAAUCGAAGACUGCGAUUCAGUCAAGACAUCAUUUUCAGAUGACGAAAACCGUUUUUCACAACAACCCGAAUUCGAAACAGACGCAGAGCAUAACCUUUUUUGUUGCAUACUCAUGUUGGACAUCUUACUUAAGCAAAUGGAACUGCAAGACAUCGACAAGCACACGGGAUUGAACUCUUCGCUAUGUAAAGACGUCUGCUGGCUCUUGAAAUGUAUGAUCACCGCCGCCUGGAUCGGGAACCACACCUGCACUUCGAAGUCGGAAUGCAGCUACUGCGAGUCCAGCAUUAUGUGGCACCAGCUCUCGCUCCAGCUCAUCAAGUACCUUUCGCCUAUAUACCCGGCGCAUCCACCAGAUCCACCCCUAGAAGACACCUGGGACGAGCACAGCCGGAAGAGCCCACCAGAGAGCGAUAAGAAAGAAUCAAAAUCUGAUGUAGUUCUCAACAUGCCCAUUCCAGAAGUGCAUUCUGUAGGAGGAGUUCUAGUUCAUAUGCCACACGUGUGUUCUAUAAUGACCGCCACAGUGGAGACGGUCUCCGAGCAACUUGACCUUGCCGCCAUUAUACCCGCAGAGAAGGUCGUCUCGGCUGUUGCUAGGGCCAUCACUCUGUCCGAAACGGAUGUCGCGACGGCCACAGCGCAGAUUGCCAAACCCCAAGUCAUCGGCGAAAACGACGAGCCCGUGGAACCCGAGCCCGGCGACGACUUGGACAACUUCUGGCAAACUUCGGUCGGUAAAUUCAAGUUUAAUGUAGACGACCUUCCACAACCCCUACAGUAUAUUCAUCAACUCCUCCAAGAGCUACCAAAAGUGGAUAAACCGGAUAUCUUGUACUAUAUGCUACAGUGCCUCAACAUCUUGAUUCUGCACGGUGACGCGUGCACGAAGGCGUCGAAGGAACACAGAGGGUUUUUUAUCUGGUGCCAAGAAAAUCUCCUGAUUAAAAAUUUGUGGGAGUUGUGUAAUUCGGAACACUCCCAUAUUUGUCAGGAGGCAGUUCCUUUGUUGCUACAUUGUAUAACCCUUCCAGCAGGAUCAGAUGUAUUCUGGCGAGUGAUUCAAGAGGCCUUUCAUAGUAAUGAGUGGUGUGUACGAUAUACAGCUGUCGAGAGAGUUACGGUGAUUGCUAGGUUUAUGGAUUCGAGUCCUUUACGCAAUAUUUUACCGUUGCAAGCCGCUCUCGCCAACGCCUUCUGUUAUUUGAUUUCGAGUAUGGAUGACACGAAUAUAUAUGUCGCGCAAAGAGCUACGUUGUACCUCGGUACUAUUCAUGAUUUUGCGAUCAAGUCUUUGAUUAUGUGUUUAGAAACGCAAUUUGAUACCGUCAUAGUUGAUAGACCCAUGGUGCUACAAUCUCUCUACCAGUUACAUAAUUCUUUAAGUGAACGAAAAAUUUUGACUUGGGAAUUUUUUCUAAACCGUUUUGAUACCCUGUUUCUAGAAGCCCAAAUAAAUUUAGAAAAAACUGGAGAUAUUUCUUGUCUGCGGGAUUUACGCAAUACUGACCUAAACAGUGAAACUUUUCUCAGAAAGUUGCACCGAGCUCACGAAGCUCUGUCACAAUCAGAUGGCAGUGCUGCCAGUUCUGUUAAAACUUUAAGUGCUAGUUUUGGAACAAAAUGGCCUUAUAAACGUACAAUGUCGGCGCCGGCGUCUAUUAUACCCAGACACGAAAAUAAAGUUAUUACAGAAACAAAAGAGAAGGUAUACAGUCGUCAAUAUUCCGCACCUAUAUUAAAGAGGAAAAGUUCUCGUUUUGGAAUCGGUCAGUUUUUAGGCACUAGUAACAGCAUUCCAGAUGGACACAUGCAUUCGCUCAAUAUGGCUGACGAUCCCAAUAUAUUGAAUUUUUUACAAAGAGUCAUAGAUUUAGAGGAAGCCGAUAAAGAAACGAUGCACUUGUUAGUUUUUCUUUUACUACAAUUUCUUUCAAGAUCAGAUCAAGCAUAUCCAGCGGAAGAAAAAAAUUUAGCGAAGAUUCAGGGGAUCGUCCUUAGACACUUAUAUUUACUACUUGGUUACAGUCAGAAUGAUAGGGGUUUAUAUUUGCCACCACAACGACUAAGGUCGUCGCCGGCAUUUAGUGUGUUUUUGUCAAAUCUGCCGCAACUGCUCGAUCAAAACAACCUUAUGGGAAGAUUGCUUCUUCCAACGUGCCUAAUUCUUUUGCAAUACGCGCCUUCGCCCUAUUAUAUGUCUAACACUCUCGAUUUUCAACAACCCACGUAUAGUCUGUGGACCUUGGAGCCGCAUUUUAGAAAAAACUGGCUUAUGGCGCUAGUGGUACUACUUUACAAGUACCAGUACAACCAACAACCUCAUUGUAUGCAGUUAACGUCCCUCAUUCGAAUUGUCUUAAAUACCCUGGAUUCGCAGCACCACCACUGUCGAAGAAUCCCUGCAACUAUUAUCAUGGGUGCACCCCCUUCAAGAUCACGUGACGUAAGUCAACCAUCUUUGGGUGCUGAAAACGAACAUGCGGAACGCACCACACCCCCUUUGUCCCCCAUGUUUUCAUCCGACGGUCAAUCCGUUCAAGUUUCUAUUAGUUCUAAAGGUGGAAAAGCUCAAGUUGUAUAUGCAAAACCGUCUUCCACUACUAGUAUGGAAACACAUUGGGAAGAAGCCAUCCAGUGUAUCCAGCCCGAGAAAAUGUGGGAAAAGAACUUGAAAAAAAUUACAGAUUUUAGUAUGGACGCUGACGACACCGAGUCGGAACUUAUAGCAAUACCAGAAAGUGAUAUGUCCGAUAGUACUCUUCAUGGUAGCAUACAAGAUUCUUUUGACGAAGGCAUGGACGACACGUGCUGUCACAUGCAAGGGCGGCAAAUCUGUGGAAUCAUCAGAACUCAGGAACCUUUAGAUAGCGCCGUCAUUAAAUCGCCAAAGGAAGGUUAUAUCAGCCAGUUAGUUAGAACUACUAAUAAAAGACCAACGUGGAUUAUUGGAAGUGAAGAUGAAACAGUAAAGACCUAUGACAAUAAAAAGAUCCAAGAAGGUCCAAAAUCGCCGUGUGAUUUUACUAAAAACUGUACCAAAAUCAAUUCCACCACGUCACUUAACUUGAUCAACGGGUCGCAAUUUGCGAAGGCCAUGAACAACGAUUUUCAUAAACAAAUUGCUUUAAGUUCUGUAGAUACGCAACAUGUUAGUAAACCUACACCUUUAGGGAAACAUAAAAAAGUUAUAGAACCUAGUAUAACCCCUGUGUGUACCCCAGUAUCUGAUUGUGAUGAUUGUUUCAAGAAUAAUCAGUCGAUGUUACCGGCGCCAUCAUUGGAACGUUUGUUACCAAUAGGUGCCAUUCGCCCAACAGGUAAACCAAUUACGUUACCCGAGUGGUUGCUAGACGCUCCGCCUUCCUCUCGCCAGGCUAAGUGGGAGAGAGUGGGCGGGGCUAAAACCGCACAAUCCGAAUCGUCGAUUUUGCGUAUAUUCAUUUUAGAAUCGUCCCGAGAAACCAUGCUGUCGCCUACACUUGAAUCCCAGUUGGAAAUUCCUAGCCAAGAAAGACUCUUGCCGAUAGGCCAACACACUAAAGACAUUUCACAGCUGGUGGAUAAAGUGCGUCAAGCUCUUGGGAUUAACGCUCAGUUAAGUAAGCUCGAAAUUAAAAAACCGGAAAAAAUAUACAAUACUAAAGAAGAGACCGUGCAGUCGCACAGUCCAAGAAGACUAAUAAAGCAAGUGGCCUUAGAAAGUCCCCCGAAUCAAGGUGAUAUCGAUGACAACGGGCACUUUUUCAAAACAAUCAAAGUUGAUAAUCAGCGGGAAGCAAUAAUUAAUCAAAGACAACGCAUGCGCAAGGUGGGUCCAUUUACGAUGGGUUCAUAUUCAGUCCACGAUCCUCGCCGGCCUGGUGCUUGGUUCAGCCCCCAGUUAUCUCCAAAACUGGAGGGAAGUGAUAUGAAGCAAAGCUCGUUUCGAAUUGGCGAUGAAUGUGUGACUGAAAGGUGCUCAGAAUGUGGAACCGUGAAAGAAGAAUACAGCGAUGAAGAAAUUGGGCUCUGUAUUGUCACUCUGGGGACAUUCAUUCAUAGGGAACCAGCGCUAGCUGCACCCUUACUUCCAGAUAUAUUAAGUAUCGUAGCAAAGGUAGCAACGAAUGCCAUGUAUCCGUGGCAAAGUGAAAGUAAUAUUCAUCUCCCAGGAGGUGCCAUUAGCGUGGCCCACCAGUUUUUACGUUGUGUUUUACAUCAACUGGCUCCAAAUGGUAUUUUCACACAAAUGUUUCAAACAAACGCGUCAGAAACUGUGCGAGUGCAAUUUUUCAAAAGUGUGAUCCAGGCUCUAAUAGAUUUUAACGAACUGAACCCUGUAGCACCUUUACAAUUAUUGUUAGAGACUCUAAAUUCUAAAAAGACGUUACCCGUUGAAACGCUGCCUACAAUACUUCAGAAUAUGGCGUGUUAUUUAAACUGUUUGCCUUUGGAAGCAGCCCUGGGUCCAAGUACGCCGCUAUGGAGCACAGUUUUACAACAACUUGAAAAUCUCUUCAGGCGGAUGUUAUUUUUGUUAAGUACAAUAGACGAUAUUAUGCCUCUGUUAAAAAUAAUGGUCUCAGUUUUUAAAAUACCUUUAAUAUCACAGUUCAAGGGGAUUUUAGAACCGUUUUCAAAAGUACUGGGUCACGCUAUCCAAACUAAUAUAUUAAAAUAUAGUUGCUUAAUUGAAAUUUGCUAUUUGUGUAAUAGAGCCUUUACAAAAGAAAGAGAUAAACUAAUUUUAAGUAGAAUGGUAGUAUUUGAACUAGUGCAAGCCUUAAAAUUUAAGACAACAAUCCCGGAUUCAAAUUUGCUUAUGUUAAUUAAUUUAAUUUUACAAGAUGUGGGUGGGUCAAUACCUACAAAUGUAGUAAUCAAGGACUGUCCCUCAUUAUCGAUGGAAUACGGCCCCACAGUCACUACAGGCAUAUCAGAAUGCAUGAAAAUGCAUCUCGGAGACAUUUUAGAAUUUUUAACAGAUUUUCAUACCAUUUCUAAAAUGAAAAGUUACUGCAAAGGUAUCAAUGUGGGCCUAAAUGAAGAUACUUUAGGUGGUAUUAUAAAAUGUAGUGUUGCUCAAUAUUUAGCCCUUGAAAUUACGAAGGGUAAUGGUCGUGACAAUAGAGCUGUUGUUCGAUAUUUUCCCUGGCUUUACAAUGCUUCAGUGUCACAACAAUCUCCUAGGGAAUUUAUAGAAUGCAUAGGCCAUAUUAGACUGCUAUCUUGGCUACUUUUGGGAUCUUUGACUUACACAGCUUUACAUGGAAAUCAAGGUCCGAAUAAUAGUCAACCUAUACCACAAGAAGCGUCUUGUCAGAUCGCUGACCAUAUUCAAACAAUAAUGGCAGGAUUUGCUGAACAGCCUAAAACGUCCGUCCUACAUAUGUCUUCCCUAUUUCACACUUUCAUUUUAUGUCAGCUAUGGACUGUUUACUUAGAGCAAAGCCUACACACUAACUUGCCUAUAACGGACGCCUACAAUGUUACCAUGAAUAUACUUUUUGAAUUCUGGGGUAAAGUAACGCCGUGUAUACUGCAGCUAAUCCAACAAUCGAAAAUGCUGAGCGAAAUAGUAAGUCUACAUUUUCUAAGUAUGUUAGAAACCCUUUUAGAAUGUCACUCCACAUUCGUUGCAAAAUUACUGCCUCUAUGGACACCGGUGCUUUGUUCAAAUCACAUACAACUUCCUGGGCAUCUACAAGUGCGUUUACAAAAUUGUCGGAAUUGCCCGCCCACCAUCCACUUAGAAACCCUACCCGAUAAAAUAAAAAUGAACUUACAUAAUCCCGUAUUACUGAAAUGGUUACAAAGGUUACAAUUCAAAAUGGGCCAAAUCGAACUGCAAUCAUCAACAGCAACACAAUUCUACUCCUUGUAAUCCAAGUUUAGCAAUUUGUUAAAACAGUUGAUAAAUUUAUUUAAACAUGUCAAAACUCAUUUAUACAUGACUCGUUGUAAUAAAUUAAAAAUAACAAAUGAA